UGCGCUGCAUUCUGGCUCCUUGUGGCGGCUCCAGAUCCUCCCUCUGCUUAGGCCCCGUUUCCCGCGCCUCCAGGCUCCAUCCAAGGGCAGCUACGCCUCCCCUUCUGCCCGCUUGGACCGCCUCCCUCAGCAGUUGGACAGCGCCAGACCUAUGCCUCCCAAGCUGGGUUGCGUUCAGCCCAGGCCGAGCUUUUCCCCAUACCUGUCCUACCGAUCUUAGAAGGUAUCCCUCCUGAGAGCCCCCCAGGCCAGCUUGGCUCGACUCCCUUCCAUCCUCUCUCCCCAGGGCUCAAGCUGACGUCGUAUCCAGCAUCCUCCCAGCCCCACUGUCUGCUCAUCCAUCCCUUGUGCUUCACCAAAGGUUGAGCAAAAGGCCCCUCCCUCCCUUUCCCUUUCUCUGGCUCUAUGGCAGAUAAACCUGAGGAAUGGAGCACCCAGCUCUCCUACCUUGUUCUAGGAAUAGUUUCUCUACAUUCUGCAGUACACACCACCAGGGUGAACCGAGGGGCUGCAGCAGGCUUCCUACUUCAAGCCCUAGCUGCAGCUGCUGCACUGGUCUCAGGUCCCCAGCCAGUUACCAAUAACCAGAUGGGAACAUGGGUGGCCACAGUCAUUGGCCUCCCUCUCUUGGCCUUUGAUUUCCAUUGGUGUACUAAUGGUCACUUGAUGUGCGCUGGCUGUUUUAUCCACCUACUAGCAGAUGCCCGGCUGAAGGAGGAACAGGCCACAUGCCCCAAUUGUCGUUGUGAGAUCAGUAAGAGCCUCUGCUGCCGAAACCUGGCUGUGGAAAAAGCAGUGAGUGAGCUGCCGUCAGAGUGCGGCUUCUGCAUGCGCCAGUUCCCCCGCUCCCUCCUGGAGAGGCAUCAGAAAGAGGAGUGCCAGGACAGGGUCACGCAGUGCAAAUACAAACGCAUCGGUUGCCCGUGGCAGGGCCCCUUCCACGAGCUGACUGUGCAUGAAGCAGAGUGCACACAUCCCACCAAGACUGGCAAUGAGCUAAUGGAGAUUUUGGAUGAGAUGGACCAAACCCACAAGAAGGAGAUGCAGCUAUAUAACAGCAUCUUCAGCCUGCUCAGCUUUGAGAAGAUCGGCUACACAGAAGUUCAGUUCCGCCCAUACCGCACCGAUGACUUCAUUACACGCCUCUACUAUGAGACGCCAAGGUUCACCGUGCUGAGCCAGACGUGGGUCCUAAAGGCGAGGGUGAACGACUCUGAGAGGAACCCAAAUCUGUCCUGUAAGCGUACCCUCUCCUUUCAGCUCAUCCUGAAGAGUAAGAUCAACUCCCCCAUGGAGUGCUCCUUCCUCCUGCUCAAGGGACCCUAUGACGAUGUGAAAAUCAACCCUGUGAUCUAUCACUUUGUCUUUACCAAUGAGAACAACGAGACCGACUAUGUGCCGCUCCCCAUCAUAGACUCCGUGGAGUGUAACAAACUGCUGGCCGCCAAGAACAUCAACCUCCGGCUCUUUAUAUUCCAGAUACAGAAAUAGGCAGGGCUGGGGUCAUGCUGGCAAGCUCAAAGAGAAAGAAAGCACCACUGAACCGUACUUACCUCGUCUGGGCAGCCUGCACCAGUUGUGAUUUCACAAUAUAAUCCGAUCAUUUUAGAAAAAGGAGGGAGGAAACAAAUUUAAAAACCAACAAAAAAACCAACCCAAACCAAUUGGAACAAAGUCUGCAUGCGUAUGCAACAGUGUAAGCAGUCACAGCCUGCCUUCUCUCUUCCCCUCUCCUAGAUGCCCUGGGCCAGGGCCUUCCCCCACCAACAGUUCGCCCGGCUGCCCCCGCAGGCCAGGUCAGUGGGGAACUAGACAGCAGUGGAGACCUCUGCAAUGCCACCACCAUCUGCAGGGGAUUUUAUGGGAAACAUCGAGUUGUCCCCUGUUACUCUGUUACAUUGUGGCAGAGCAGUGUUGGCUUGUUCAUGGUUAAGUGCACAAUUUCCAGAUGCAUGGGGGCUCAGGGGAUCCUGCCUGACUUCAGACAGCAUAUUUGAUUGAAAUUAA